AUGGAAGCACACAACCAAUUUUUAAAGACCUUCGAACAAGAACGUCAUGACAUGAAAGAAUCCGAAAAGGAUGAAAUCCUUUUGAUGGAGAACAGACGUAGAUUUGUCAUGUUCCCUAUCAAGUACCAUGAGAUCUGGGCCGCCUAUAAGAAGAUGGAAGCCUCUUUCUGGACAUCUGAAGAAAUCGAACUGGCCAAGGACUCUGAAGACUUCAAGCAAUUGACCGACGACCAAAAGGUCUACAUCGGUAACCUGUUGGCUUUGUCUAUCUCCUCUGACAACAUCGUCAACAAGAACUUGAUCGAGAAGUUUUCUGCUCAGUUGCAAAACCCAGAAGGUAAGAGUUUCUACGGGUUCCAGAUUAUGAUGGAGAACAUCUAUGCUGAAGUCUACUCCAUGAUGGUGGACGCCUUUUUCGAAGACCCAAAGAACAUUCCAUUGUUCAAGGAAAUUGCUACUUUGCCCGAAGUGAAGGACAAGGCCGCCUACGUUCAAAGAUGGAUUUCCAACGAAGAUAGCUUGUACGCUGAAAGACUUGUGGCUUUCGCUGCCAAGGAAGGUAUCUUCCAGGCUGGUAACUACGCCUCCAUGUUCUGGUUAACCAACAAGAAGAUUAUGCCAGGUUUGGCUAUGGCCAACAAGAAUAUCUGUAGAGACAGAGGUGCUUACACCGACUUCUCGUGCUUGUUAUUCGCUCAUUUGAGAACCAAGCCAAACGUCAAGAUCACCGAAAGAAUCAUCACCGAAGCCGUCGAAAUCGAAAAGAAGUACUACUCUAACUCUUUGCCCGUCGAAAAAUUCGGUAUUGACUUGAAGAGCAUUCACACCUACAUAGAAUUUGUUGCUGAUGGUCUAUUACUCGGUUUCGGUAACGAAAAAUACUACAACGCCUCCAACCCAUUCGAAUUCAUGGAAGGUGUCGCUACCGCUGGUAAGACCACCUUCUUUGAAAAGAAGGUUUCCGACUAUCAAAAGGCUAGUGAUGUGUCUAAGUCUUCUGCCCCCGUAUCCAAGGAUAUCAACUUUGAUGAUGACUUCUAA